AAGCUAGAUGCGCAAUGCAUCGGUGUCGAUAAAACCAGAUCAGCAAUACACCAGUGUCAACCAUGGAGGCUGCCCGGCUUGUUGCGACUUUUACUCUCAUUUUCGUUUACCUUAAUGGAGGUCAAGCAGCUAAGCCACACAUUGUGUUCAUAGUUGCGGACGAUCUGGGCUGGAACGAUGUUGGUUUCCGUAAUCCACAGGUUCUGACGCCACACCUGGACAAGUUGGCCAAAGCUGGAGUCAUCCUAAACUCCUCCUAUGUCCAGCCCUUGUGCUCGCCAUCCAGAAACUGCUUCAUGUCGGGGUACUUCCCCUACCACACUGGACUACAGGACGGCGUCAUCAAGCCAGCUUCUCCUGGAUUUGUUCCAAUCAAGUUCACCUUCCUCCCACAGAAGUUAAAGGAACUAGGAUAUAGCACCCAUGCUGUUGGGAAGUGGCAUUUAGGCUUCUGUAACUUGAAAUACACCCCGACCUACCGUGGGUUUGAUACUUUCGUUGGGUAUUACACUGGCGCCGAGAACUAUUUCAGUCACACAAGAGGAUAUGACAAAUUUUCCGGAUAUGAUCUACACUUCAACACUUCCGUAUAUACGGAAGCGAAAGGUACAUAUUCAACGCGUGUGUUUGCAGAAAGAGCAGUUGAUAUCAUCAAGUCUCACGAUAAGGACACGCCACUUUAUUUGUAUCUGCCGUUUCAAGCAGUACACGAACCUCUACAAGUUCCCCCUGAGUAUGAGAAUUUGUACAAACAUAUCCAGAACCUACCACGAAGGACCUACUGCGGUAUGAUCAGUGCUCUUGAUGAAGCUGUUGCUAACAUCACGAAUGCUUUAGAGGAAACGGGACUCAUUGACAACUUGCUGCUGGUGUUUACGACUGACAAUGGCGGGCCUUUUCACGGUGCUGCUAACAACCUUCCUCUUCGUGGAUCUAAGGCUACACUAUGGGAAGGUGGGACGAAAGGAGCUGGAUUCAUUUACAGUAAAACCCUUCUGAAGAAGACGGGCUACCUCAAUACUGGAAUGAUGCAUGCUGUAGACUGGUACCCGACCUUUGUGGAGCUGGCUGGUGGAGAGAACACAGACCCCAACAUGGACGGGAUAAGUCAGUACGACAUGCUCAUCAAUGGUGGCCCGAGUAAGAGGAAAGAGUUCGUCUACAACAUCUAUGACAAGUCCAACUCCUCAGCAAUUAGAUAUGGUGACCUGAAACUGACGCGAGGUUCACCGGGAUCUCACAGUGAUUGGUAUCCUCUUCCACACUAUGGUGAGGGAUCAGAUGACCCUCCCCAGGAAAACGUGUACCAGUUCCCUCCGUAUAUGUUGUUCAAUAUCUCUUCCGACCCAACUGAACAUUUCGACCUGUCUGCUAAGUACCCUGAGCUUGUAGCGAUGAUGAAACAACGCCUUGAGAACUGGGAGAAGACGCGAGUACCAGCUUAUCAACCACCAGAUGACCCUAAAUCAAACCCAGAUCUCUAUGGAGGCAACUGGAGCCCAGGAUGGUGCUGAAUGUUGUAUUCUGUUGGCGACCAAAACACUGCAGUUAAUUUAUCUCUGACAAUCAAGUGAUUAAUACCUUUCAGUUGAAAAUCAUUGAUUGUGAUUUUACAUAAUUACAUAAUAAUGUGUCUUUUAGAGGCAAGCCGUAGUAUCAACGAAGGCAUGACUACCUUAUCGAUUUUAACUUCUUUGUUCUUGUGGCGUUUCAAGAAAGCUGUUUGUACCUUACCAACCUCUGGACCUAAAAGUCGGAUUGUAAUUAUCCAUAAAUUGACAUUCAUAUGUUAAUGUCUUGAUCAUGUGUAUACGAUCAAUUUCGAUAUAGCGAGGACGGACAUAGUACCGGUAACAUUGUCAUCUACCAUCAGCAUUAACGAACAACAAGGGGUCGGGUAGCCUUGUGGUUAAAGCGUUAGCUCGUCACGCAGAAGACGUAUGUACCAUGUGUGAAGCCCAUUUCUGGUGACACCCCUUCAACCCCACCCCAACCCCACCCCACCCCAACCCCGCCCGUGAUAUUGCAGGAAUAUUGCUUAAAGUGGCGUAAAAUCAUAAAGUCACUCACUCACUCACUAACGAACAAGAUUACUCAUCUCUGUUGCAUCCAGGUGAGUAGCCUCCUAUAAAGAAUAUUUAUCUUUUUUUAAUCGUAAUGUCUUAGUAGAUUUAUUCAUAUACUGAAACUCUUUGAAAACGCAUAUUCGAUUUUUUGUGAUAUUUAGCAAAAUGGAAACAAACAUCAAAUUAAGUUGUUCUGGCUAUUUAGGCAUGAGAUAACUAACACAACUCUUUCGCCGUUCAGCCCGUAUUGCAUCCAAUGUGUUUGAAGAGGGACUUGAGCAGAAAAUUCAUCUUGUCUGAUUUCGAGUUUAUUUUGCCCUUUUAUCGUGUUUCAGGACUUUUCAUAUUAAUAGCUGAAUUAUAUAUAUCCGGACUCUAGGCUCGUAUAUACUUCGACAGAAUAUGUGACCCUUCCUGGUGUCCUCCACUUCCACUUUGAUGAAAUAAAAGCAGUGUAAAAAUA